AUGUCCAAUAAUUAAACUUUCAAAGAUUUUCCAAAUUAAAGCCAUAUUGAAUUGAAAUUUAAUACAAAAGACCAACACGGACUUGAAAGAGAGGAGGCCUUACAAAAGUAUCGAAGAAAUGUACUCAUAGAAAAUUUUAACUAUUAGAUUAAUUUACUUACUAAAAUUUUUGCAUAUGAUGUAGAUCAACCAGAACAGGAGAAAUAAAAUGAAAUAUGCUUAUCAGAAAAGCAAAAUGGUCAAUAUCAAAUAAAGCCCCAUCUUUUGGAGAGCAUGAAAUAAUCUCUGGUUCAAUUAUAAAACAGACACAAGGAAACAAUAGAAUAAUUUAAAAAAAGAAAUGAGUUGUUUAAAUAGCGAAUCAAUGAGGAUACAAAGAUAAAUAAUUAAGAAGAAUUUUAAUAAUUUAUAAAUGAAUUACAAUCAGAAGAUUUGCUAUGUGAAUCCCAUCCAUUUCUAGAUAAAAAAUCUUCAUUUUAUAUGCAAACUAAUCUUUAAUAACCUAUUUAAGUAUGAAAUGUGAGUAUUAAUGUUUUAGAUAAGUUAAGAGUAGUGUUUGGAGUUAAAAGAAUAAUUAAAAGAUGAUUAAUGCAUUUUAUUAAGUUGA